AAGGUAAUUUAUUACUAUAAUGGCAGAGCUGAAUUUUCAGUCUUCAGUGUCGCGUGAUCCUGAGCGCUGCAGGCGUGAGGAAGUGAUGUGCGUCUCCUCCUUCAGCGCGACACGCCCAGAUCAGGAAAGCGCCUUUUAACGUCCUGGGAUCGGUUCAGUUAUGUCCUCAUUAAGUGUAAAAUCUGAUAAGGAGAUCAGUCAGCUGCUGGAUGAAUAUGGCAUUAAACAUGGACCCAUAGUAGAAUCCACACGGAAGCUCUAUGAAAAGAAACUGAAUGAAGCCAUGGCCAAAAAAGAUAAGCCUUCCUCUCCUGACAAGACGUACUACCGGGAAGAACAGGAGGAAGUUGAAUACGUGACCUAUCAUCAGCCCCCACAAUUGACCAGACACGAAGGAUUUGGCGAUGUCACAAGGAGGUCGAAGGUCACCGAUGCAGAUUUUGCCGACGACAUACGCAGGUCAAAUCUGACUGAUUACAGAGAUGACGACAAAGGCUAUACCAACGAGCCCGUGAUCAGCCCAGCUCGCUCGUCCUAUCAGAGCUCUUCUCGGCCAGGCCCUUCAGUCUCCACAUCCAUGCAGCGUGGUCCGUCCAGUCCAGAGACCAGCCGAUCCGGAGGGGUGCUGAGCUGGCUUCGUGUUUUGGUGUUUCUUAUCAUUGCUGCAUUUCUUUAUUACGUGUACACAUGUAUGGAGCCUGCAGAGGAGACCCCCUUUAAAAGUGUUAAGUAGAGGAAUGGAGAGGUUUUAAAUAUGUUCAUCAUCCCCAACCUAAACUGAUUCUGUACAAGCACCACCAUAAAUAUAGCCUAAGAGUUUAAGAAAUAAUAUUCUGUAUGAGUACAGAUUGUGAAGUUUAGUACCAGUUGUCAUACAAUCAUGAACUUGUGGAUAAUGCGUAAAGUUUUAUUCAAAUACGUGCUUUGUGCAUUUUUAAAGUCUAACAGGUACAGAUGUGGAAAAGAAUAGAAAAGAUAGUUGGGGCAUUUAAGUCUUUAAAGCUUAUUUUCUUAUGAAUUUUAUGUAAGAUCCUUUUGCUGUGUAUUUAGGGCUUGUGUUCAUGGGACAUUCAGUGGAGCACUGUUUGCUAAACCAUUUCAGUUCGCUCUUAAUAAAUUCCAGGUGCUGUAUUUAAAA